GACCCUCCCACUAGCAAAAGAGUGACACGCCAUUCAAUUGCUGCCUGGCCCUUCUCUUGUAGGAAGCAGGAGGGAACCCUGAGCGUCCUCGAACACAAGGAUAACAACAAUAUCCGAUAGAAGAAGAAAACAAAAACAAACCAUCUGCGUAAAAGCAGAAGUUGUCCAUCAUGGGGAUCCGAAAGAAGACGACCAAGAACCCUCCGGUGCUGAGCCAUGAGUUUGUCAUCCAGAACCAUGCAGAUAUUGUUUCCUGUGUUGCUAUGGUGUUCCUUCUCGGGCUGAUGUUCGAGGUCACCUCAAAGUUUGCAGUGUUAUUCAUUACCGUCCAGUACAAUGUCACCAUAUCAACAAACGGCCCAGAGGAGACGCCGUUGAACCACUUCCACCAUGGCAUCAAGGACUUGGCCACUACCUUCUUCUACAUGCUGGUGGCCAUCAUCAUGCAUGCCAUUAUCCAGGAGUAUGUGCUGGAUAAAAUCAACCGGAAGAAGCACUUCUCCAAAACCAAGCACAGCAAAUUCAAUGAGUCAGGCCAGCUCAGCGCCUUCUACUUGUUCUCCUUUGGCUGGGGCGCAAGCAUCCUGCUUUCUGAAAACCUGCUGUCCAAUCCAGUCACCCUGUGGGAGGGGUAUCCCCAUACACUGAUGCCAUUCCAGAUGAAAUUCUACUUCAUUUGUCAGCUGGGCUACUGGUUACACGCUCUGCCAGAACUCUAUUUCCAAAAGACAAAGAAGGAGGAUAUUCCACGCCAACUUGUGUACAUCUUCCUGUACCUGGUCCACAUUGCAGGCGCCUACAUUCUGAAUCUGAACCGUCUGGGUCUGGUUCUGCUAGUGUUGCACUACUUUGUUGAGCUCCUGUUCCACGUGUCCCGACUGAUCUACUUCAGCAACGAGAACAGACAAACUGGUUUCACCAUAUGGGCCGUCUUGUUUGUCCUUGGCCGGCUGCUCACCCUGUCCUUGUCCGUCCUCACCGUGGGCUUUGGCCUCGCCACAUCUGAGAAUCAAGGCUUUGAUUUAGCUGCAGGGAACUUUAAUAUUAUCUUUGUUCGGAUGAAUGUCCUGGCUGCCAUCUGCCUCACUCAGGCCUUCAUGAUGUGGAAAUUCAUCAACUUCCAGCUGCGCCGGUGGAGAGAGCAUGCCCAAGCCCAGACUUUGAAAAAGAAACAAGUUCCUACCAAGAGCAAAUCAAAGAAAGACAAAGCCAAUGGAGUAAAUGGAGUGAACUCCCACGCAGCCGAUUCACCAAGAGCAAGAAAAGAGAAGUCAUCAUAAACACAUUCCCCUCUAUCACGUCCAUCACGUCCUUCCCAAAGAACCAUCUUACCCCGUGCUUCCGUGGCUGUUUCCAACUGACAGUCCCUCCAGCGCCUCCCCCACAAUAUGCAUUUUCAGCUCCCACACACGACUGACCUCCCGGCUGGACUUCAAGAACCAGAAUGCAUUUAGCUUUGCUUGUUGGCAGUCGUCCAGCACGCCUUGAUUUAGGAAUCAUUGCUCUGCUGUGCCACUUCGAAUAAAAAAAAAAAAAAAAAAGAAAAACCUAAAACAAAUUCCCAAACAAACUAUGAAAAAAGACCUUAUUUAAGAAGUGCCUAUUGAUACAGAUUGUUUUGUACAGGGUGUGUAAAAAUUCAGGAAUGAUGCCUUCAGUGUUUAAUGUUUCUCCCAAGUCAGGUCGUGUCAUGCUUUUUCCCAAAAUGGUGUGUAUUCCAGCUUGUGAUUUAUUUCCCCUUUUUUCUUGUAUUUAUAAGUGCUAGCAGCUCCUCAUCUUUGCCUCUGACUCCUUUCCCUCUUUGGAGGGAUAUUUUUAAACAUUUUGUUGUAAGAAUUUCCUAAUAAUAUCUCUUAUGUUUCCAUCAGUGAAGGUUGCAUACAGUCCUGUUAUAAUCUCUGGGUUCACGCCACAGACUGUUCAAGCUCACACAGCAGGACAUGUUACAGUGUUUUCACCCUGUCACUGUCCAACAGACUUCUUAAGAUGGAAAGCAAAGUAGAGGAUUUAACCAUAUCUACUCAUGGAUAGAAUAGGGAAGCGUGCAUAAAAACAAAACAGGAAAACAGGAGACAUCACCCUGUACUACAUUAACUAGAUUCACAGUUAUAGUGCAAAACUGCCAGUAAAAAUGUAGUAACCUGAUGUAGCAUUUAAUUAUAGGAGUUCAGAGCAGCUUUUAGUCACAAAAGAACAUAUCCCUUGCCAUGAAAUAAUGCUGACUCUAUUGCCGUUCUGCCUAUAACACUGUCAAUAAUUGAACACACUUUGUGUUUUAGUUUUGAGUGAUAUGAGAUAAUGUUAAAAGAGAUGGAAAGGAAAAUCAGGAAAAACAUCCCUUUACUUAGUUUCAUUGAAUCACUUUCUUUUAGGGUCCAUAAUCAUUUGCUAUUUAACUGGAAUGGGUUUAUGUAUUUGUUUCGCCCUGCAUAUUAUUGCUUAAAGUUAAAACGUCCACAAGAAUUAUUUGUUGUUGAAGCACGGACUGAGUGUGGGAAAACCAUAUUUUGUUGACUCUUUUUUUCCUCCCAACCCACUACAAAGUUGUGCCAAAUGAGCCUGAUUGACUGUUGGUAUAUGCCUUUCACUUACAUGCCAUGAAAUGAAUUAACAAAAGCUAUGGAGUGCAGUCAACUGUAUUGUAAGAGUCAAUCGCCUAAAUGACACUGGUUUAUUCUAAAUAAUAAACCCUUUAAAUAAUAUUAGGUACACAGUAAGUCAUGGUUGUUUCCAGCGGUAUAUCAGAAGUGUAUUUGGUUUUUCUCAGCUUGUCCUGAUCGUUUAUCUAUCUUUACAAAGGAAUAAAAUGUUUAUUGAAGAAAAAAAAAAUUGUCAAGAG